GCUAUGUAAAAUAAAACUCACCACCACAUAUGCAAUACCUUGAACAUACCACAUGGAUAACAGGCAGUGUAUGCCGUAGGUAAAGAGAUUGGUUUUUCUGUUGAAGUUGUAGACUUAGCAUGGGUCUCACAAAAGGGAAUGGAGAACUUGGUAAAGAUUGUUCUGAAAAUAUGACUGAAGACGAGUUGGAAGGCGCCAUUACCUCUGCAUUACAACAUGUUGAAAUUCCGCCUAUUCCUCGUCGUGUCAAAGUUUAUGAAAUGGAGAAUGACAACUGGUCAGAUUGUGGAACUGGCUAUUGUAAUGGAUUAAUAGAAGAUUCACUUGCAUAUUUCAUUGUAUAUUCGGAAUCCGAUAACGAAAGUGUUCUUUUGAAGACACAGAUUGUCGCAGAAGAUAUAUACACCCGUCAAGAAGAAACUUUGAUAGUAUGGCAAGAACUAAAUGGUACUGAUCUUGCUCUUAGUUUUCAAGAGUCUAUAGGUUGUAUCGAUAUGUGGAUGUUCCUCACGAAUGUUCAGAAGGCUAUUUGUUCAGUAACAGGAAAUAUUUCUAAUGAUGACAUUUUAACAGAUGAUGGUACUGCACAUGAAAGGUACUUUCAAUCUGUUAGUUUACCCUCGCCUGAACUGUCAAAUCUUCCGGAAAUCGAAGAGGUUGUUUUUGGCUAUAUGCAUUCAGUACACACUCGAGAUCAUCUUGUACGCUAUUUGUCGAACGAAGAUUAUGUGGCAAGGCUAAUCGAACUCUUCCCAUUAUGCGAAGACCUGGAGAAUACAGAUGAUUUACAUCGAUUAUGCUCUAUAAUUAAAUGCUUUGUUCAAUUAAAUGACGCCCCAUUACUCGAAUCACUUGUUUCUAAUGAUGAGAAAUUAAUGACCAUUGCAGGAAUUCUGGAAUACGAUCCUGAAUUCCCUAAUAUAAAGGCGAACCAUCGUGAGUAUUUGACUGAUACCUCUAAAUUUAAACAAGUAGUCCCUAUUCGAGAUCCCCGUAUCCUCGCCAAGAUCCAUCAGACUUUUAAACUUCAGUAUUUAAGAGAUGUCAUAAUAUCCAGGAUUGUCGACGAGCCUUCCUUUUCCGUUUUGAAUUCCUUUAUUUUCUUCAAUCAAGCAGAUAUAAUCCAAUACCUCCAAACUAAUAAGUGCUUUUUGCUUGAAUUAUUCAGUAUUUAUACAAAUGAUGCCAGUGAUGAUGAAAAGAAGCAAGAAGGAAUUUUCUUUAUACAGCAGGUCUGUAAUAUCGCAAAGAGCUUACAAUUCCAGUCUUGCUCGGCUUUAUUCGUAACUUUUGUGAAGUAUAAUCUACUUCAGGCUUUGGAAUAUGCAAUGUCAAGUCCGAAAAAUAAUGUACGAAAUGCUGGAUCUGAUAUAUUAGUCUCAAUUAUUGAUCAAGACCCUGCGAUUAUAUGGCAGAAAUUUGAUCAAGAUCGUAAGGAUGAUUCAUCCUCGUCUUCUUCGGCACGUAUCUCACAACAUUCUUUGUUGUCUAAUUUGAUAAAAAUACUACACAGAGAAGCAAACCCAGGAGUUCUUGCUCAAAUUACAGAAGCAUUUCGAAUUUUGCUAAGUCUUCCCGGGAAUUAUGCAUUCAGUAACCCUUAUCGAAAUGCUGAUGGAACAACUCGAAGUAAAGCUGACAGUAUUGUUGGCCUUAAUUUCAUUGAUAAUUUCUACGAUAAUUCAUUUACAUUUUUAGCUGACCCACUUUUAAAACUAACAAAGCCAGAGGACGUUGAUGAAUCUAAGCUGGAUUUAUAUGUGCAUUUAUGUGAACUGUUUAGCUACUUUUUUAAAAUCCAUGAACAAUGGACCCGUCAACUAGACACUUAUAAAGUGAUAGCUUCUAAAAUUGCCUUUUUGCUUAAAAGCAGUAAAAAAUAUGUUGUCUUGAGUGGUCUUCGGUUUUUCCGUUCAUGUUUAGCAGCUCGUCAAGGUGAUAUGUCUUCUAUAAUGUUGGAGCAUGAUAUCUUUGGUAAAAUUUUGGAGCUAAUGGUUAAGGUAAGGGAUGAGACGGAUCUACUUAAUUCUGCAACUCUAGAGUUCUUUGAAUAUAUACGCUCUGAUGGUUCAGAAAAAGUACUUGAUCAUUUGAAUAAACACUACCGGACCCAAAUGGAAUCUUUAUCAGAUUUCAGUACAUUUUCUGAAAUACUUCAACUGAUAGAUAGUUUAAGUUCCGGUUCCGAAAGCUUUAAGAGUGUAAGCGCCCAUGAUCCUACUGAUUUAGACAUUGAAAAUUUGACUAAAAAGGGAAAUGGGGAAACACCGUCACCUGAAAAAUCUUCUAACCCGAAAAAUGAUAAUUCUAAGUCUUCCGACGAUACAGGCUGUACGGAGAACAAGUUGGGCAUUCCAAACUUCUCGAAUGAUUCGCCAGAUAAUAGCCGUCAAUCUAUUCUUGAAGAUCGCUAUUUCUUGGAAUCGGCUAUGCUUAAUACUGAAUCUAAUAAUACUUCAGAGGAUAGCUUAAACCGCCCCCAAAAUUCUAAAAGGAAAUCUGAUUUUAAUUUGGAAAACGUUGGAAAUGAAGAAGAAUCUCCGAAAAAGAGGAUUGCUUAUGAAAACGAAAACUUUGAGGGAUUAUAAGCGGUUAUUUUAUAGAUAUUUAAAUGAGUUAUUUAUGAGGGUUAUUAAAUCAAUUUAGUUCUUUAUACCAUUUAGGAAACUUAUCUUCAACGUGAUUUAAUUGCGCCUAUAGCUACCCAAUGUCAUGAAAAUGAAGCCUCCGAAAUGUUUAAGUUUAAUAAUUGA